UUCCCCUGCUUACUCGACGGUUGCAGCCAGGUGUGUUACAGUAUCACCGAUCUUGCACGUCACCGGCAGUCCCUUAGACAUUGUCCUCCCGAAUACACGUGCUUGGGUUGCCAACACACGUUUACUCGACCGGAUGCUUUGAAGAGGCAUCUCAACGGAAAGCCUGCCUGCAAACAGGCGCAU